UCCGUAGCUCUUAAUAGUUAAAGACCAAAAUUGCAUCGUCAAGAUUCACAACAGCCUUGAAGACCUAACAGUGCCGUGAGGGUUCACUAACCGUGCUUUCGUGUUCCGGUUGCUUACUGGCCAAGGGGGGACGGUGUAAGAGUUCACUUUUGCCAGCCAUCUGUUGGAAAAUAUGCAAUAAUAUUUGCGUCUGCCGUAUAUCAAAAGGAUUUUGCCAACAUUUCCAGACUUUGGGCCUAGAGUUUCUUCCAGAUUUCAUUGCUGUAUCAACUCGAAGUUUCCAGAUUUCAUUGCUGUAUCAACUCGAAGUUUCCAGGGUAACUGACUGGUAUCGUCCGCCGACGCGAGUGAAGCAGAAGACUUUGCGUAUUACAGGUCUUCAAUACCUUGAACUCAAUAGACUCUACCAAGACAGCCUAGCCUUCUCCAAUCGGGCGUACUGAGAAACGACUUCGAUUUCUUGAUUGACCCCGAAACGGUUUAGUUCGGUGAAGAAGCCAGUGCAGUUAGUUGGGUGAGGUCGAAGAGAAAUGACAUUACCUACGAAAGGUCGAGGCUGGCUCAAGAUGUCUAGCUUACCCGUGGAAACUGAAGCUCCGACUCGAACAGAAGUGACAUGUCACGUGUAAGUUGCAAUGAUUGCAGGCACCACUGCUUCUCGUGCGCGCAGGUCGUCGCUGACGGGACGUUCCAACCAUUGAACUCGAUUCCAGCGCGUGCUAAGACUGCAGAUCGAACAUCUAGAAGCAUGAUAUGGCAAGAACAAGAACGAAAUGUAUAGGUAGCGGGCCCGAAUCGAAUUUCCGCCUUCGAAUACAGGAUCCAAAUGCAACUCCCUUGUAAAACCAGCCGAAAUCUGAACAAUAUCAUGCGACGAUGGGAAACGUAAUGCAUCUUUCCUUUCGCAAGAAUUUGAUUUAGUUCUUGCAGGAAACAGGUGCAUGAGAAGUGACUCUUGAACCGCUCAGAUGGAGGCCGGGGAUGACACAGCAACGGGCGUCAUAUCUGGAAUUUCUGAAACUCCACAACCAGCAGCAGAAUACCCUGGCGAGGUGAUCAAACCAGCUACGACCCCGACUACAACAAAACGCAGCAUCACCGCCAACGUGAACACUCAGAACGCAAUUCCGUGGAACAGUUCAGGCAGGAUGAGAAACACAAUUCUGUCCCCACAAGAGCCUUCAGGCCCGAGAAUAGGCAGAGCAAGCAGACGGGAAAGGACCGGCACUCUAGCACCGUCAGACCCCAAUUGCAUGGACGAGCAUCAACAGCAAAGGCAACGACCGAAGGAAUCGGCCUUAGGCCCAACCACGCAGGCCCCGCCCGGCAGUUCGACCGCAACGAGAAAUGGCACUCGAGUCGGGCCAAGAAGCUCGCAAAUCAGCGUGCGCGUCGUGGCUCAAUCGAAUUCGAUCAAAUCCUCACAACCGAACGAGCCCAGGGCGGAAAUGGAGCAGUUACAACUAUCGUCGGCGACGAGAGCCAAAAUCCAACAGCGGCAGCAGGAGCAGCACCAACGCCAGAGCCGGCAGCAGGCGCCGUCGGUGCCCGGCUCGAGCAUCGGGCCGAGGCCGGACGCGAUGUGGAUUCCGCUAGACGUCCGAGAGGCGAGGAGCAAAGCCAUCGCCAUGACCAACACCUCGGACCUGUACCUGUGGCGAACGGGGCCCGCCGACUCGGCGGGCGUGGCGCUGGACCUCUCGGACCGCCCGCUCAUGUGCAUGAGCGUGAGAGGCACGGAGGCGGCCAUCGGCUGCUCCGACCACAGCGUCUACACCGUCGACGUCGCCACGGGCAAGAAACUGCGUAACCUGUACAGCAAGAAGUACGGGCACACGGAGUGGGUGACAUGCGUCGAGCACCUGGACGACGGUCGCAUCCUGAGUGGCGCGCUCGACAGCAAGCUCUGCCUCUGGGACGCCACGGGCGUACGCUGCGCCGAUCUUACGGGCCACGACGGCUCGAUUUCCGCCGUCAAGGUCAUCGACAGCACCUACGCCGUCAGCGCCAGCUACGACAAGACGCUCAUGCUCUGGAACCUCAACGGCGCGGGGCGACGGCGCGGCUCGGGCUUGGGCGCGGUGGGCUGCCUGCAAGGCCACAAAGGCGCGGUGCUGGGGUUCGCGGUGAGCUCGCACGGCGCGCUCAUGAGUGGGUCCCGCGACGGCGAGGUCUUCUCGUGGGACGCCACGACGGGGCGGGCCGUGCUGCGAUGCAAGAACGCGCAUCAGGGCCACGUCACGGCGGUGGAAUGUCUGCGCGAUGUGGACUCGGGCAAGCCCGACGAGCCCGCCGAGACCGCCGGCGCGUCGCUGUUCUCGGGCUGCUUGGGGGAGAUUUUCGUCACCGGGGGCCAGGACGGCAUCAUUCAAGUCUGGGACAUCCGGAAUAAAGCUCCCGUGCAUACUUUUGCUGUCUCGAGGUCUGAGCACGGCAGGGGAGCUGUGUCGAAUAUCGGCUUUACCAACAUAGGGGCUAGAACUCCGCCGCUCAUGAUCACGGCCUGCGCUGAUAAAAUCAUCCGAGCCCUGGAGCCGCGCUCCUCCUUCCGAACCGUGCAUACUUUUGCCGAGCACAAGGACUUCAUAUAUAGCCUCCACCUUUGCGGUCCUUUAAUGUGGAGUGGGGCGGGCGAUGGCAAGCUGCUCGUUCAUGACUUGACAAACGGCAGAUGCUUGUAUGGGCUCGGAGCCACGAACGACGGAGCUGUGCGGUGUAUCUCCCUUGCCGGGCCCAGGCACCUUGUGAUCGCCGGUGAUGAUGGCAAUUGCAUGAUGUACUCCGUUUGAAGAGCUAUAGCAUCGCAUCACGCCAAGGGUGCAGAUUAACCUCCUCUCACCAUCUCUCAGAAUAUCGUAGGACAUUGCUCGUUGCGUUACAUGUACCCUGCAGUUCCUUUGUCUUUGAACACUCAUUACGACGACUCAUUGGCAACUGUCACUCCGUCGACGAACUUUGCCAAAGGCUCUGGAUCCCGUGAGUUUAAAUCUCGUUCUACUGUGAGAUAAUCCAUAUUUCAUUCUUCCAGCUUACUUCGCAACCCAAAAACAGGGCCCACCGCCGUUCUCCAGUUUCGUACGAGUAGCGGAAUAGACUCUCUCCAAAUGCACCUCAGACGUGCGGUUUGGGCGAAGUCGUGUAGAGUUAACAAUCUCCGACAGGGGUAUCGUGAGCUUUAUGUCGAAGGGAUUUUGCAGAUCGUAGAACUAGACGCCAGGUGCCAACUGACGGUAGAAUAUUGAAACGUAACUUCGGUGGAAAAGCGCAAAAUGUGAGUGACGUGGAUGAUGUACACAGUAAUUUAUGAUAAAAAGCAGGUAUCAGAAAAUGCCCAUCUCGUAGUCAAAAUACUGACAUUGAUCAGCAUCCCUCAAAUCUUCCUACGUGUGUCUACAUGUUGAGCCAAACAAUAUGGGCCACUGGAGCGAACUUGAAAAAUGAGGGACGCACAUCUGGACGCCUCCUUCCGAGAGAAGCUGGGGCACCAAGGGGGGCAGUAACGGAAGAGAAUUGGAUAUGUGGAGCUAGGAUCAAAGGAGCAACUCAAGACGUGAAGCGGCGGACAAACGAGCAGGAGAGUACCUAAUCGAGCAGGCAGAAACACAGGACCCUGAGUAACUGAUCCUCUAAAAGAGGUAUUAACAGAAGGUAAAUCUUCAUGUAACAUUUGCACUCAACGGCCAGCUACAGAGAAUUUUCCCACGGGAUGGGAGCCUAAUAACUAGCUGGAAAAACUCCACGUCUCUCGAUGUCUCAACUGGCGAGAACAGCAGAACCUUAGCAGCAGUCCAUGCUGAUCGUUCCCGAGUGCGAGGUGAAAGAGUACACCCGCACUGCAGUAAGCUUGCAGAGAGAACUACGGACCUGUCCAGUGCAUUUCGCAGCCACCUAGACUCUCCGGUCGACGGAGAUGGAAAUGGAAACUCAACCUCGUACGCGCCGCAGGACUCGCAGUUCGUUCAGCACAGGAAGGUUCGAAUCCCCUAGAUCACUCGAUCGCAUGAUGAUAUAGGGUCGAAAUGACCUGAUGAACGGUGACUCAAAAUGCCAUGGCACAGACCUCGUGAGAAAUGUACAACUCAGACUCUGCCACUCUCUUUCGAUCCAGCUCAAGCUGGUAAACAUCUGAUUCGGCCACACUCGGACAGGAAGGUGGCAAAAUGAACGAUGCAGAGAAAGGACUUGCUUCCCAACCUUCGAGAAUCUCAAUUCUGCUCGUCACGAAGAAGACCUGGGACGGAUGCUGAGGACGGAUUUCUUCAACCCCUAAUCCUACUUUCACCUCUACUCCUCUCGGAGCGUGAACUGCACAUCUCAAAUGAUACACAUCACCUUCCUCCUCGAAGCAGAAGGUGACUUCGGGUGUUCGGAGACAGCGGGACGUCAUCUUCCUGUGACCAUGCCCAAUAAUAUACACAAUUUCGUAAGGCGGCUACGUACUGCACAAAAGUUGUCAGGAGUGAUGGUGAGAUUACUUGUGCACGGGCUUGUAUAAGGCGACCGUGACGUAUUUUGAUCGGUAGCGAUGGGUUAACCCGAGAGCCAGCACCGAGCGCAGAUUCUUGCCUUUCUCCACGUACAGAUGGUUGAGCGUCACGUGCUGUGGACGAGGCAGAGCGCCGGACGUCUCUUCGAGCGGAGGAACAUUCAGAAGGGUCAGGUGCAAGUGCGAGGGUAGAAUGGGCGGCUCCUUGGAGAAGUCCUCUGGAGUCGGGAAGGUGUCGUUGUAGCUGGAAGUCGGGGACUGCGGUGGUUCGAACCCGGCUACGCUGUCCAAAUUCUCUGGAACGUAAU